AUGUCGUUUGCCAACAUGCCUCCGACUACUGCAAUUGAAUACAUAUCUUACGACUACACGAUGCUUUGCGCAAGAGAUUCGUCGGAGGUUCGAAGAGAGGGAGUGAGAGCUCUGCUCCGGACGAUCCAUGCAGCAACAUCACGAGGAAACCACUCGGUAAGACUAGAACUCAGGCCGCUGCUUUCUACGUUUACGUUUACGUUUAACAUUAUGAUGGUUAUGGUCGCUGGAAAAAUAGAGCACGACGAGGAAGAUAAGAGAGUUCGAGAGCUAAUUCGGGAGGUGUUUGAUGUCACUGGUGUUACUUACGUCGGAGAUUUUCUUCCCAUUCUGAAGAUAUUUGAUUUCGAUGGAUACAUAAAGAGAAUGAAGAAAGUCUUUUUGAAACUGGAUAAAUUUUAUCAGGAUUUGGUCGAUGAGCAUCGGAGAAACAGAGGGAAAACAGAGUACGAGAAAACGAUGAUCGCUCAUUUGUCUCUCUCUCUCCAAGAUUUGGAACCUGACUAUUACACAGACGAUAACAUCAAAGGACUCAACUUGUUGCAGGUGAUGUUCCUGGUCGGAACGGACACAACGUCAGUCACGUUGGAGUGGGCUAUGGCUGAGCUUCUUAAUCAUCCAGAAGUGUUAAAGAAACUGAAAACGGAACUAAACGACGUUUCGAAAGAAUGGUGUGUGUUGGAGGAAUCAGAUACAUGCAAAUGUACGUAUCUCCAUAAUGUAGUUUAUCCGGCCGUAGCGUUACUUGUCCCACAUGCUUCAUCCGCAGACUGCAAAGUUGCUGGGUAUGACAUUCCACGCGGCACCUGGCUACUUGUCAAAGCGUGGGUAAUACAGAGAGACCCGAAGGUAUGGGAUGAGCCGGAGGCUUUCAAGCCGGAAAGGGUCGAAUCAGAGAACCAUCGUGGUAAGUUUCUGCCCUUUGGAAUAGGCAAAAGAGCAUGUCCAGGUAUGGGCCUAGCCCAACUUGUGGUGAGCUCCGCUUUAGGCUCAUUGAUCCAGUGUUUUGAUUGGGAGAGAGGUAACGUUGCUGUUGACAUGUCGGAAGGAAGGGGUCUUACCAUGCCCAAAGCUGUACCUUUAAUUGCCAAAUGCAAGUCUUUACCAAUCCUGGACAAAGUUGCUCUUUAACUGAAUCACAUUAUCUUCCACUCUGUACUACUACUUUUGCAAUGUUCCAAAAUACUGCAAUUUUUAUGGAUGACUAGUUUUCAUAGUUAAAAGAGAAAAUUUUAUUUAAUUUUCUUGCAUACUUUUAUAGAAAUUUUGAAUUUUGAUAUUUGUCUUCGUCUCUCCUCUAGGUCUCCAUUGUUUCGAGCUUUGGUCACUCGAUCUCCUCUAUACAUUUUCUUAAAACCCAAAAUUCUUAUGCCUAAUCCAAAGGAGAAAAAAACAGAGCAUUUUUUUUUCUUCUCCACUUAUCAUCCAUGACGAUUUUGAACAUUUACCUAAAAAAA